AUGUCCACUGCAGCAAAAAAGACCGUGGCGGUGCAGCAAACGCGCUUGGCAUACGCCAAUACUAUUGGAGAGGAACACCUUCGUGGCAAGUUGCUCAGUCUGGGACCGCUGUUGCAUCGUCUUGAUAACUUUGGCGGAGCUGUUGCUGAAAACGCGAUUUCCAAUAAGGUGGCGAUGGCAGCACUUGAAAGCCUCAACACAGUUAGUCCGAUCAUGCAUGGAGAUGUCGUACGCCUUGAGGGCGAAUUGAUCAACAUUGGCCAGUCGUCUUUAACUCUCCAGGUGACUGGAUAUCGCCACGAUAUCGCAACACGGAAGUUUGUCCAUGCUGUCGAUGCCGUGAUGACAGCAGUGGCGCUGGACGGUAACAAUCGCCCACUUCGAGGACUGCCAAAGCUGGUUGAUGCUGGUAACGAGAGUCGUAUCGAUCGGCUUCGGGAGAUCGCGCGACAACGCAAGAAAAUCUCGAAGCGCUUGGAGAAAAUCGAGAAAUCCGUCGAUGAGUUGCCAAAUGUUUCGCUGGAAAUGUUUGACAACGUUCCGCGCAAUGAGUGGUCGGAAAAAGUCGCACUACGUGACACUAUGGUUGCACUGUCGACGUCGUUCUUACCAUGUCAUUUGAACCGGAACGGUACAGUCUUCGGUGGCGAGAUCCUCUCGUGGAUGGACAAAACGGCGUUGUAUUGCGGUAAAAUCUUCGCAGGGAACAGCAAUAUGGUGACUGUAUCGGCGAACAGGAUUUCUUUCAAGUUGCCAGUCACGACAAACGACGUUGUAACGAUGGAGGCGCGGGUUUGUGGCGUCCGAGAAAACUUCGUCGACAUAGAAGUUGAAGUUUUCAUCAAGCAAUUUGGAUCGGAAGAGCGCAAAAAGUCGCACUCGGGGUACUUCACUGUUGCGAACCUGGAUGCUUCAGGAAAUGCCAACUGCAUCACUCGAGGACUGGCUGCAAGCGAAGAGGAUCAGGAAGGCCUGCGCACAUUGCUGAAAGCUCAGCACCGACGUCUUCUUCGCGAGGAAUUACUUCAACUCCAGCCUCUCGCGCUCUCGUCAAUUUCCGGAAGCCAUUUGUAA